AUGAAGUACGGUUCUGUCAUUGGUUUGUUAGUGGCGGCUUCCGCCGUCGCGUCCGCCCAGUCUACAACUACUGAUGACUUCACGGCGACCGCCAUAGAAACCAAAUUUACUAAAACCGCGGGGAGUUCACUGGCUACCGGUUCAAGCACAAUGACUUUACCAUCAGGAGUGACAGGUAGUUCCAAAGCUAGCUCGGGCACUGUCUCAUCUGGCAUCUCGAGUGCAGUGACAUCUUCGGCUUCAGUGAGCUCAGCCUCCUCGAGCAUGGCGCUUUCGUCGACAUCAAAUCCUACAUCAGCCUCUAGCUUGUUGGGAUCUACUGCUUCAACCCAAAGCUCCUUGUCGUCGACUGCGUUUAGCUCUGCUACCUCUGGUGCUUCCUCUGGUGUGAGCUCUGGCGCCAGCUCUGCUCCUUCUAGCGCUGCGUCCUCCGGUGCUUCCUCUGGCGUGAGCUCUGCUACCUCCGGUGCUUCCUCUGGCGUGAGCUCUGCUCCUUCUAGUGCCGUGAGCUCUGGUGCCAGCUCUGCUCCUUCUAGUGCCGUGAGCUCUGGUGCCAGCUCUGCUCCUUCUAGUGCCGUGAGCUCUGGUGCCAGCUCUGCUCCUUCUAGUGCUGCUUCUUCCGGUGUGAGCUCUGGUGCCAGCUCUGCUCCUUCUAGCGCUGUGAGCUCUGGUGUGAGCUCUGCUCCUUCUAGUGCCGUGAGCUCUGGUGCUUCCUCUGGUGCCAGCUCUGCUCCUUCUAGCGCUGCUUCUUCCGGUGUGAGCUCUGGCGCCAGCUCUGCUCCUUCUAGUGUCGUGAGCUCUGGUGCUUCCUCUGGUGCCAGCUCUGCUCCUUCUAGCGCUGCUUCUUCCGGUGUGAGCUCUGGCGCCAGCUCUGCUCCUUCUAGUGCCGUGAGCUCUGGUGCUUCCUCUACUGCCAGCUCUGCUCCUUCUAGCGCUGCUUCUUCCGGUGUGAGCUCUGGCGCCAGCUCUGCUCCUUCUAGUGCUGCUUCUUCCGGUGUGAGCUCUGGCGCCAGCUCUGCUCCUUCUAGUGCCGUGAGCUCUGGUGUGAGCUCUGCUCCUUCUAGUGCUGUGAGCUCUGGUGCUUCCUCUGGCGUGAGCUCUGCUCCUUCUAGCGCUGCCUCCUCUGGCGUGAGCUCUGCUCCUUCUAGCGCUGCCUCCUCCGGUGUGAGCUCUGGCGCUUCCUCUGGCGCCAGCUCUGCUCCUUCUAGCGCUGUGAGCUCUGGUGUGAGCUCUGCUCCUUCUAGCGCUGCCUCCUCCGGUGUGAGCUCUGGCGCUUCUUCUGGCGUGAGUUCUGCUCCUUCUAGUGCCGUGAGCUCUGGUGCGUCCUCUGGUGUGAGCUCUGCUCCUUCUAGCGCUGUGAGCUCUGGUGCUUCCUCUGGCGCCAGCUCUGCUCCUUCUAGUGCCGUGAGCUCUGGUGCCAGCUCUGCUCCUUCUAGCGCUGCCUCCUCCGGUGUGAGCUCUAGUGCCAGCUCUGCUUCACCUAGUGCUGCUCCAUCUAGUGCUGCCUCCUCUGGCGUGAGCUCUACUAUUUCCAGCGCUGCUCCUUCUGCUUCAUCAUCUGCUGUCACAAUCACUCAAACCUCGACAUACUUGGUAACGUCAACCGACACAACCACGGUCACCGACACUUCUACAAGCUUUGUGACCUUGGGAACCACUACGUACACCACUACCCCUACAGUAACGGUCACGUCCCAGUCUACAACGACGACUGUGGAGUACACCACGUCCAUUGUCGCUACUGAAACCACCACUUCUACAGUCACUGAAACUUCCACGGCCACUGCAAGCGCCACGGAAACUACUACAAACACUAUGACCGUGCUCUUACCCUCAAGCGUAUGA